AUGGCCAAUCCUAACGACAGUGCUGUCACUAAUGGGACUCUACACAAUCCUAAGACCCAGCAAAGCAAAAGGCAAAGCACUGAUUGUGUGAAAAAUGGAAUCUCAAAAGAAGCCCAGCAAAAUAGAAAGGCACAUGUUGGGGAUAAGCCCGUCUUUGAGCCCUACCCAGAACCACCACUUUAUGUCUUCGUUUUAACUUACAUGGGAUACGGAAUUGGAAUCCUAUUUGGCUAUCUCAGAGACUUUAUGAGAAACUGGGGAAUAGAGAAAUGCAAUGCAGCUGUAGAGCGAGAAGAACAAAAAGACUUUGUGCCGCUGUAUCAGGACUUUGAGAACUUUUAUACGAGGAACCUUUACAUGAGAAUCAGAGACAGCUGGAGUCACACUUCCUGCAGUUCCCCAGAGCCCUACUUUAGCAUCAUGGAGAAAGUGACUGAUGACUAUAACUGGACAUUCAGGCAUACUGGAAAAGUUAUUGAUAAUGUUAUCAACAUGGCCUCCUACAACUACCUUGGGCUCGCAGUGAAAUAUGAUGAGUCGAUGGAGAGAGUUAAGGAUACUUUAGAAAAGUAUGGUGUAGGUGUGGCCAGCACCAGAAAUGAAAUGGGUACCUUGGAUGUACACAAGGAGCUGGAGGAUCUCAUGGCUAAGUUCUUGAAUGUAGACGCGGCAAUGGUUUUUGGGAUGGGAUUCGCAACCAACUCAACAAAUAUCCCUAUAUUUGUUGGAAAGGGAUGCCUCAUUCUAAGUGAUGAGUUCAACCACGCUUCUGUCAUCUUGGGGGCUCGACUCUCAGGCGCAGUCAUAAGACCCUUCAAACACAAUAAUAUAGAAAGCCUAGAGAAGCUCCUGAGAGAAGCUAUCAUCAGUGGCCAGCCUCGCACGGGGAGAGCAUGGAAAAAGAUCCUCAUCCUGGUGGAGGGCAUCUACAGCAUGGAAGGUUCCGUUGUGAACCUUCCCCAGAUAGUGGCCCUAAAGAAGAAAUACAAGGCUUACCUCUACAUUGACGAAGCGCACAGUAUUGGCUGCACAGGCCCCACGGGCAGAGGCGUCAGAGAGUUAUUUGGACUGGACCCUGACGAUAUCGACAUAUACAUGGGUACAUUCACCAAAAGCUUCGCAGCCUCAGGAGGCUACAUAGCUGGGAAAAAGGAACUUGUGGAUUAUGUACGGAUAAAGUCACAUAGUGGUGCUUAUGCUACAUCCAUGAGUCCCGUGAUAGCAGCGCAAAUCAUCAGAUCGUUGAGGAUAACUAUGGGAUAUGAGGGGAACUUUGGAGGUAUGCAGAGAAUCCAGAAACUUCGAGAAAACAUAAAAUACUUCCGACGGCGACUGAUAGAGAUGGGAUUCAUCAUCUAUGGAGAUGACUUCUCUCCUGUGGUCCCUGUGCUCCUCUACAUGCCUGCUAAAGUGUCUGCUUUUGAAAGACUUUUGCUUAAGAAAAAUAUUGGAGUGGUGGUUGUUGGAUUUCCAGCUACCUCCUUGCCAGAAGGUCGGGCUAGGUUCAGCCUUUCCUCAGCACAUACUCGGGAGAUGUUAGACACAGUUUUGGAAAUCGUUGACAAACUCGGUGAUCUCCUGAACGUGAAAUAUUUCCCACUCAAGAAGUCAGGACGUUCUGUCCUCUACAGUAAGGAGAGUUUUGACAAUGAAGCAAGCUUUGAAGAGAUAUCCUCUGAACCAGAAGCCUAA